AUGUUCCGAGUCGGGUCGGGGUCGCGGAUCAAGGAAACUGAACUUCGAGUGUUGAGGGACGAUGACUACUACAAGUGCUUGUGUGGUACUCAUGUGCAUGUAAGUACUGGUUUUUUAAGAGUACGAACGGGGACGUUGGUGAGAAUGUUGGCCAAAAAAAAUUUUUUAAAGAGGGGGGGGGGUGAGUUUUGCAAAAUGGCAAGAACUUUCUUUACAAAACAUAAAAUGGCAAGAACUUUCUUUACAAAAUUUAAAAUGGCAAGAACUUUUUUUCAAAACAUAAAAUGGCAAAAACUUUCUUUACAAUAUCAUUUUCAGGUCGGAACAUUUUUCUUUGCUAUAAUCUCAAUUUUACACUGCACAGUAUGGGCUGUUGUUGGCAUUGGCGCUACGAUAGAUGGAAACGAUGAUAAUGAGAGCAUUUUUAUUUUGACCAUUUUGUCAACCUUAGCUAUGGUACCAAGUGGAAUAUUGCUGGCUGGAAAUCGACUGAAAAAGCCUUCUUUUUAUUUACCGUAUAUUGUUUGCAUGGUGAGUUAUACUGUAAUUUUACAUUAAUUUAGCAGCCCUGGCCUAAAGCUUUAGUCUAGAGUCUUAGUCCAGAGUCCUAGCCCAGAGCCCUUGCCCAGAGCCCUAGCCCAGAGCCCUAUCCCAGAGCCUUAGCCCAGAGUCUUAGCCCAGAGCCCUAGACCAGAGCUCUAGCCCGGAGCCCUAGCCCGGAGCCCUAGUUCAGAGCCCUAGACCAGAGCUCUAGCCCGGAGCCCUAGCCCGGAGCCCUAGUUCAGAGCCCUACCUAUUAUAAUUUUAUACUAGACUAUUUUCAGUUAAGCGUAGUCCUCCUGAUGAUAAUAAUGUGUAUUGCAUCUCUGGUCUGGAUGAUCGGUUUCCUGGCCUUUGGUUACACCCAGUUGCCAACAUUUAUGGACCGAAAACAAGGCGAAGUGACGAAACGAGAGAAGCUUCUAGUCCCACUUUAUUGGCUUGGUCUUUGCUUCCUUACUUAUGUCUACUUUUAUGUGCUUCAGGUGGUGCGAAAAGGCAAGAAAUGGCUCAAGGAACGGUAUGAUGACUAA